AUGCGUUGUGGUUUACCCGUUGCCGUUGUGGCUGCCGUGCAAGUGAACAAGGGCCAUUGCAGUGAGCAAGGGCACAGAGAAAAAGGGUCCAGGACCCGCAAUGGAAUCUUCCAUUCCUUCAACGAUUUCUUGUGUAUUCCGUCAGUAAUUAAAGGGGCAUUCAAGACUUGGGGCAGGUGGUUUUUACAGUCGAGUCCAAGUGGAAGUGACGACGGUCCCUUGUGGUGUUUGGUGCUGCUGUAUCAACAGGGGCAGGACCGAUUUGACGGAACACGCCCUGUCCCGGUCGCAGCGCAGUCGCAGUCGCAGUCCAGGCCUGUCGACCUGACGGAAGAGGGCCCGGCCGGACAAGACAUGGUCGUCGUCGACAAUCGCGGCAGCUUGCUCUCACGGCCUUCGCAUGCUCGGCGUCUUGCGAGCAACAGUCACCCGGGCGGACAACGCAUGGCAGCCGUGUCGGUCGGAGACAAACAUGUGCAAUCAUCAAUCAGCCGAGCAACGGGUGGAUCAUCUGUACGCUCCAACGGUGACCGAUCAGCAUCCGACAAGUCCGCAGUUCUGCCCCCGUCCCCCGCUAGAUGGACUACCAACCCCACCAUGUGA